CAGCAAUGACGUCCACCCCGGCCAGCAUCACAGAACGAGAACUUCAGAGGAAGGAAUGCGACUUCAUAAAUAGCAAACCACAGACACUAAUGGGGAGCAGAGGCGAACCUGCAGGUUAAAACCCGCUGCAGGAGAAGCCGGGACAUCCACAGCGCCCGGGGAGUGCAAGAUGAUCGCAGCUCUAGCCUUUGCUUUCCUCUGCCUCUCCUGUCCUUUUGCAUCAUGUCAGCAGAGAAGAAUAGGAGGUGAAGUCGGGCCAGAAAUGCUGGAAGAGAUGAGAGAAACUAACCGUGUGCUAAUGGAAGUUCGGGACUUGUUGAAGCAGCAGAUUAAGGAGAUAACAUUCCUGAAGAACACAGUCAUGGAGUGCGAUGCCUGUGGCAUGCACACCGAGGCCACGGGCCCCGUCAUCACCGUGACACAGUUCAACAGAUGCCUCCCCAACUCCUGCUUCCCCGGCGUGACCUGCACCGAGACCGGCACCGGGUUCCGCUGCGGACCCUGCCCCCCGGGCUACUCGGGCAACGGGACCCACUGCACAGACAUCAACGAGUGCAACGCAAACCCCUGCUUCCCCAAGGUCCAGUGCAUCAACACCAGCCCCGGGUUCCGCUGCGACCCCUGCCCGCCCGGCUUCACCGGCCAAACAGUCGAAGGGGUUGGACUGGCCUAUGCCAGGGCCAACAAGCAGGUUUGUACUGACAUCAACGAAUGCGAGACAGGUGCUGCCAGAAAUUGUGUCCCAAACUCCAUCUGCAUCAAUACAAGGGGAUCCUACAAGUGCGGGGCUUGUAAACCCGGCUUUGUCGGGGAUCAAAUCACCGGCUGCAAGAGCCAGUCGGUGAGACGCUGCCCCAACGGCGAGAUCAGCCCGUGCCACGAGAAAGCCGAGUGCGUGGUGGAGCGCGACGGGUCCAUCUCCUGCGUGUGCCUCGUGGGCUGGGCAGGGAACGGCUACGUCUGCGGGAAGGACACGGACAUCGAUGGAGUCCCCGAUGAGAAGCAACGCUGCUCUGACAAGAAGUGCCGCAAGGACAACUGCAUGACUGUCCCCAACUCCGGCCAGGAGGACGCAGACAGGGAUGGGAUUGGAGAUGCUUGUGAUGACGACGCUGACGGAGAUGGGAUCUUAAACGCUGAGGACAACUGCGUGUACACGCGCAACGCCGACCAGCGCAACGCCGACAAGGACAACUUCGGUGACGCGUGUGACAACUGCCGCCAAGUGAAGAACAACGAUCAACGGGACAUCGACGGCGACGGGAGGGGAGAUGAGUGUGACGAUGACAUGGACGGAGACGGGAUCAAAAACCCGACGGACAACUGCCAGAGAGUCCCCAACCCAGACCAGAAGGACAGCGAUGGCGAUGGAGUAGGAGACGUGUGUGACAGCUGCCCAACCGUCAGCAACCCAGAUCAGAAAGAUACUGAUCACGAUCUCGUGGGAGAUGUCUGCGACACCAACCAGGACAGCGACGGGGACGGUCACCAAGACACGCGGGACAACUGCCCGACGGUGCCCAACAGCUCCCAGGUGGACACAGACAACGAUGGGCUGGGGGAUGAAUGUGACGAUGACGACGACAAUGACGGGAUCCCAGAUGAGAAACCUCCAGGCCCUGACAACUGCCGGCUCGUCCCUAACCCUGCCCAGGAAGACUCGGACGGCGAUGGGGUGGGGAACCUCUGUGAAGACGACUUUGACAGAGACAUGGUGAUCGACAGAAUCGACGUGUGCCCAGAGAACGCUGAGGUGACGCUCACCGACUUCAGGGCUUUCCAGACCGUUGUGUUGGACCCCGAGGGUGACGCGCAGAUCGACCCCAACUGGAUUGUCCUCAACCAGGGCAUGGAGAUUGUCCAGACCAUGAACAGCGAUCCCGGCCUGGCUGUAGGUUACACGGCGUUCAAUGGAGUGGACUUUGAGGGCACGUUCCACGUCAACACUGCCACAGAUGACGAUUAUGCCGGUUUCAUUUUCGGCUACCAGGACAGUUCCAGCUUCUACGUGGUGAUGUGGAAGCAGAUGGAACAGACGUACUGGCAGGCGAACCCCUUCCGGGCAGUAGCAGAACCUGGAAUUCAGCUGAAGGCAGUGAAAUCUAAAACCGGCCCUGGCGAGUAUCUGCGCAACUCCCUGUGGCACACGGGGGACACCACGGACCAGGUGAAGCUGCUCUGGAAAGACCCUCGCAACUCCGGCUGGAAGGACAAGACGUCCUACCGCUGGUUCCUGCAGCACCGGCCUCAGGUCGGGUACAUCAGAGCUCGGUUCUACGAAGGCCCUGAAGUCGUAGCAGACACUGGAGUUGUCCUCGACACGACCAUGCGAGGGGGACGGCUCGGCGUCUUCUGCUUCUCCCAGGAGAACAUUAUUUGGUCAAACCUGCGUUACCGCUGCAAUGACACCAUUCCAGAAGACUACGAAACGUUCCGAGUCCAGCAGGACUAACCUCCCGUCCCAGCGUCUGUCCAGCCAGACUCGCUUUCCAAACCGUGCUCAGCUGCCCUGCCCGUCGCUCUGGUGCGAGAGCUGUGAGUAACGCUCGCUGCGGUUACCCGGCGUCUUCUCUACAACAGCAACUUUCUUUAAAUCGCUACAAGAACCCGUUGGAAGGGCAGAGGCGUAGACAGCAAGUGUGGACAGGGGCCUGUGCUGCUGUCAAUGCUCGUUCUCUACGCUGCGUGGAUACAGAUGUGCUGAGGAGUUACCUGCGGUAGCUGGGAUUGAGUAAGUUUAGUGUUGGCCGAGUCCCAGGACUCCUUUCCCUCCUCCAAGGGUGAAUGUUCUGCGCCUUUUCGAGACCUGCCCAGCAAACCCAGCACUAGGCUGAAGGGACCCGGAGAGCGGCCUCUGUACAAAGCUGCUCACAAAAACAUUUACAAAUGUUAAAAAAAGCACUUUAAGGAGAGUAUCUUUGUUCUGGAAGGUUGGAUAAUAAAUACUCUGGGAUGUUGGGUAAUAAACAGACUGCUCCUUG